AUGGUAAGUGUACAAUUCACUGGGGUACCUACGAUUCUUGAACUUUAUAAAGCUUCACAAGUGACAAUACUCGAAGACGAAAAUGUUCUUGAGAAAAUACAUGCUUGGACGAGCACUUUUCUGAAACAACAGUUGCAAAAUCAUACUGUUGUUGACAAGAGAUUAAGGAAGGAGGUGGAAUAUAGUUUGAAGACUUUCAAUGCCACACUGGAAAGAGUUGAAAGUAGGCGAAGCAUUGAGCAAUAUGACGUAUCUGAGGCUCGUACUGCAUGUGCAAAAGCUGCUAUUCUUUCAACCUGUAUUGAUGAUUUGUCUGACCAUUAUGGAUCUAAAGAGGAAUUAAUCAACAUGAUCAAAUUGGUAAAAAAGUGGGAUGAACAGCCAACAACUGGUUACUGCUCUGAAGUAGUAAAAAUUUUUUACUCAGCACUAUACCACCAAUUAAAUGAGUGGGCGGCCAAGGCUUUAGUUAAGCAAGGCCUGUGUAUUAAACAAGUUCUCAUUAGGCAGUGGCUUGAUUUUCUCAAUAGUAGCAUGAAAGAAGUGGAGUGGUGGAGUAAUAACACGAUACCAACAGUCGAGGAAUACCUGUCUAAUGCGUGGAUGUCUAUUGCUGGUGAGGCUUGUGUUUUCCCACCGCUCCUUUUUCUUGGACCAAAAUUACCCGAGAACCUAUUGUCAACUGAAGAGUACCAUAAUAUGUGCAAGCAUGUUUCUUUAGUUUUCCGACUUCUCAAUGAUGUCCGAACUUUUGAGGUAUUACUUAGAUGUGAAACUUCGGACCCUAUUGGUUGUGAUAUUAAUCUUACGGAGGGAACUAGAGAGCUACGCCCACUGGUAGUAGUAUUCUUUUUAUAG